AAUGGCUUCAUCACGGUGAAUCCAUUACGAUGUAGCGACUCUUUGUACUGUCGUCUAAGAUUUAUGUCUGAGUCAGGGACGGAACAUAUUCUCAGUUCAACAAAACUGAAUGAUACGAACGACCAUGUGAAUGUGCAGCAAGAUCAUACCAUGUGGUUCUGACCUCGUGUCAUGGUUACAAGUAUCGUAUUUUAAAAGUACGAAUGUCAGAUUCUGUGGUGGAAUGUUCGUGUUUCAAACGAGACUUUUAUUGAGGUAUUAAGACGAAUGAAAUGGGAAGUAUUGAAAGAUCAUGGAACCAAGAAGGUGUGUUGUCUUCAUUCCAGACACUGUUGUCAGAGGUGUGUAUCACUGUCUGUGGAAGUAUUAUAGACAGCAGCUGGUUCAGGAAAGAGUUACUCAAGGCCAGUUUUAGCAACUGUUUGUCAUACCCUACAUCCUCUCUGCUGACAGCCUGUUCCAGUCAGUUUGUAAUUCUUGCAAGAGAGAGACAGGUGAAGCUCAUCAGCCUUCUUGUGAUGUUUAACAUGACAUGUGUCUUUAUACUUUUGGCAUGGUGCACAAGUACACAGAGUAUGGCACUGCAAGCCUACACUUAUACUAUCGGCUUCAAUUUGUUAAGUCUGAUGACUAGCAUUUUAUCCAUCUGGGUUGAGCGAAAUGGGCCAACUCCUCUGUUCAGCUUCGGAUAUGAGAGAUUUGAAGUUUUGGCAGUGUUUGCUAGUACAGUACUGGCUCAGCUUGGUUCCUUGUUUAUUGUUAAAGAAAGUAUUGAAAGACUGGUGCUUGAACAGCCAGAAAUACACACGGGUCAUCUGAUGAUGGGAACUGGAGUUGCCUUUAUGAGUCAUAUUGUCGUCAUCUAUGGUUGUAAUAAUGCUGCACUGGACCAUGUGAUAGCAGCUUCCUCAUCCAGUUGGCUGCAAGAACAUGUGUCAGACAUCAGCCAUAGCAUAUGCUCUGUGGUGCCUGUUCUUAGUGGAUUUCUGUUGCCAAGAAUAAAUCCUAUGCUGCUGGUGGCCUGUGUUGGAGCAGCAGCCUUAUUUAUUACUGAUCUCCUUAUUCACUUAAAAAGUUGUUACACAGUGGACACGCUGGUGGCUGUUGCCAUUGCGGCUGUUACAUUUGCAACAAUGCUUCCCAUGAGCCUCUACAGUGGGAAAGUUCUGCUGCAGACCACUCCAUCCCAUAUUGUUGGGCAGCUUGACAGGUGCUUGCGAGAGACGUUGACCAUCGAUGGUGUAUUGGAAUUCAGAAAUGAACAUUUUUGGACAUUAUCCUUUGGAAAAAUGGCUGGCUCACUGCAAGUUCGAGUCCGUCGAGAUGCAGAUGAACAAUUGGUAUUGGCACAUGUGGUGGAUCGACUUUCGAAUCUGGUGUCUGUUUUAACUGUACAAGUAUUUAAGGAUGAAUGGGCAGUGAGAAAAGGAGGCAUCACAUCAGCACCUUCUGCACCACUUCUUCCUCUUCUCAACAGCUCCUCGGCUCUUGCUCUACCACAGAGCAGCUCUAGUAAUCAAAAUGGCAGCUCUUUUCCAUACCAUAGUAUGGCUCCAGUUUCCUAUGUACAAUCAAGCACAUUUCCUGUCAAUCAUACAUUGUCCUUGUCUUCUCAGGAGAAUGUUCCACAGAUGAGGGAACCACCCCAGUGGAGAAGUUCAUUGGUAGAAACUGUAAAUGUUUCUGUUCAGCAUAAAAAUCCAUUUCUUUCAGAUUUCUCAGUGCCAUCAAUGCAGCAGCAGGCUUACAUGAACAAUCUUCUGAUCUCUGGAACUAGAACUCUGGAUGCAAACAGAUUUAUGUAUCAGCCACGAUGAAGUGUGUGUGUGUGUGUGUUUUUUAACAAAUGCCAAUGAUGUGAACUUGACGAAUAAGUGCCUAAUAAAAGAAAAUGAUGUGCUGUGUUGAUACAA